UUCAAAACCUUGUUCCUUAGGAUUUAUUUUCUGACUGUCUGUUUUGCCAUUUAUAAACGUGUUAUUCAAUGCUUUUCUAUGGGCUUUAGAGGUAAAGGCCAAAUUAGACCUACAGGGGUUAAAACGGCUUUGUUCUAUUGGAAAUUGUGCAUGUUUAGAGCGCCACCAUUGGAUAAAAGAUAUGACAAUUUAUUAUGAUUUUUAAAAAAUGUUCUAUUUAUUUAAUUUGCAAAUCUCUUAUUCCCCAGCAUGAGGACAAUUCAGGAACCAAAACCAAAAAUACAAAAAAACUGACAUAUUUUGUAUGUCUUUUCUUUGACUGCUGUUGCUCUGUCUUAGUUACGUUGUCGUACCAGAAUCCCACGGGUUCUUAUGUGUUUGCAAGGACUUCUAGUUUUGAAAUCAAAAUGUAUCUAAUGAAGGUAGUUUACAAUAUAUGUGUUGCUUAGAAAAUGCCACCAGAGGGCGCCAGAGCUUUAACUGUUUUGUCCUAAGCGCCUAUUUUCUACUGGGGUUGAGCACCAAUGGCAUCUAAAUAUUUUACUGAAUAUUAUGUAGAAAAUGGUAGUAAUGUAAGUAGUAGCAAAUCAUGAUGUACAUGUAUUUCUCACAAUAGUGCAGAUGUCGGUGCUUGUAGAUUAUGACGCUACAUGCUUUGUUGUUUAACAGUCUCCACUGACCUACAAUGGCCCCAUCUGUUGUUUUACAGUCUCCACUGACCUACAAUGGCCCCAUCUGUUUAACAGUCUCCACUGACCUACAAUGACACCAUCUGUUGUUUUACAGUCUCCACUGACCUACAAUGGCCCCAUCUGUUUAACAGUCUCCACUGACCUACAAUGACCCCAUCUGUUUAACAGUCUCCACUGACCUACAAUGACCCCAUCUGUUGUUUUACAGUCUCCACUGACCUACAAUGACCCCAUCUGUUGUUUUACAGUCUCCACUGACCUACAAUGACCCCAUCUGCUGUUUAACAGUCUCCACUGACCUACAAUGGCUCCAUCUGCUGUUUAACAGUCUCCACUGACCUAUAAAGGCCCCAUCUGCUGUUUAACAGUCUCCACUGACCUAUAGUGGCCCCAUCUGCUGUUUAACAGUCUCUAUAAUGGCCCCAUCUGCUGUUUAACAGUCUCCACUGACCUACAAUGGCCAUAUCUGUGAAAGAGCGUCUCCUGGCCGUUCUGGAUGAUCUCGGCUCUGACGAGCUGAAGAGAUUUAAGUGGCAUCUAACUACAGAAAACCAGCUGGAUGGCUUCCUUCCCAUUCCAAAGGGCCAGCUGGAGACAUCUAACAGACUGGACAUAGUGGAUCAGAUGGUGCAGAAAUACAGGGAGAAUGUGGCUGUGAAGAUCACACUGGACAUCCUGAAGAAGAUUAGCCGCAACGAUCUCGCUGAGAAGCUAAACAGAGACUGUCCAAUAGGUCCUUCAGAGGAAGAUGGUGAGAAGUUCCAACAUGAAUAUAAACUGGAAGUAAAAAGGAAGUUUCAGCAUGUUUUAACGGUACCAAAGCAGGGCCAUAAACAACUUCUCAAUGAGAUCUACACAGAGCUCUACAUCACAGAGGGUGGAAGUGGAGAGGUCAAUCAGGAACAUGAGGUGAGACAGAUCGAGAUCACGUCCAAGAAUCCAGCAAGACCAGAGGCUAAAAUCCUCUGCAAUGACAUCUUCAAACCCUUAACUGGACAAGACAAACCUAUCAGAACUGUGUUGACAAAGGGAGUCGCUGGCAUUGGAAAAACAGUCUCUGUGCAGAAGUUCAUUCUGGACUGGGCUGAAGGGAAAGCCAAUCAGGAUGUCCAAUUCAUAAUUUCACUCCCUUUUCGGGAGCUGAAUUUGGUGAGGGGGGAAAAGUACAGUUUUGUAGAACUUCUACAUGCAUGUGUCUUAGAGACUGGAGUGAUUGAGAGGGACUUUUUGAAUCACAUUUUAACAAAAUUGCAAAAACCAGGAAACCACAAUGAGAGCAAGUACAAAGUUGUAUUUGUCCUUGAUGGUCUGGAUGAGUGCCGACUGACCCUCGACUACGAGACCGGUAAGAGCUGGUGUGAUGUCACGGAGCCAACCUCAGUGGACGUGCUGCUGACAAACCUCAUCAAGGGAAAUCUGCUUCCCUCUGCUCUUCUCUGGAUAACCUCCAGACCUGCAGCAACCAAUCACAUCCCUCCUGAGUGUGUUGACCAGGUGACAGAGGUACGAGGGUUCGAUGACCCACAGAAGGAGGAGUACUUCAGGAAGACAUUCAGUGAUGAGGACCUGGCCAACAGAAUCAUCUCACACGUAAAGACAUCAAGGAGCCUCCACAUCAUGUGCCACAUUCCAGUCUUCUGUUGGAUCUUAGCUUCAGUUCUGGAGCAUGUGUUGAGUUCAGAUAAGAAUGAAGAGAUGCCCAAGACUCUGACUCAAUUAUUUAUUGGGUUACUGAUAUUUCAGACCAAACAGAUGAAUGAUAAAUAUCACAAGAAAGGUGAGCGAGAUCCACGCAGGGAUAAAGAGAGCUUCCUGGCACUGGGGAAACUUGCUUUUAACCAGCUGGAAAAUGGCAACCUGAUUUUCUAUGAGGCAGACCUGAAAAAGUAUGGCAUUGAUGUCACCGAAGCCUCAGUGAACUCAGGAGUGUGUACACAGCUCUUUAGACAGGACUAUGGGCCGUUCCAGGACAAGGUGUACUGCUUUGUGCAUCUGAGCGUUCAGGAGUUUCUUGCUGCGUUAUACGUUUUCCUCUCCUUCAACAACAGCCAUGUCAACCCGAUGACCGAAGACCGAUCCUUCAUCAGAAAAUGUCUAGUGAAGUUGAAUCCUGCCAUCACCUUCCACACGAUUGCAGUGGAUAAAGCCUUACAGAGUGAGAAUGGACACCUGGACCUGUUCCUCCGCUUCCUUCUGGGCCUCUCACUGGAGUCCAAUCAGAAGCACUUACACGGCCUACUGACACAGACCAGAAGCAGCUCACGGGGCCGUGAGGAAACAGUCAAGUACAUCAAGAAGAAGAUCAGGAACACUCCAUCUUCAGAGAGGUGCAUCAAUCUGUUCCACUGUCUGAAUGAACUGAAUGACCAUUCUCUAGUGGAGGAGAUCCAAAAAUACCUGCAUUCAGGAAAUCUGUCCAAAACCAAACUAUCACCUGCACAGUGGUCAGCUCUGGUCUUUGUGUUGCUGACUUCAGAAGAGGAGCUGGAUGUGUUUGACCUGAAGAAAUACUCCAGAUCAGAGGAAGGUCUUCUGAGGCUGCUGCCAGUGGUCAAAGCCUCCAGAACUGUUCUGCUUAAUGGGUGUAACCUCACUGAGAAAUGCUGUGAAGCCUUGGCCUCAGCUUUCAGCUCAACCUCCUCAAACCUGAGAGACCUGGACCUGAGUGACAACAACCUGCAGGAUUCAGGAGUGAAGCUGCUCUCUGCUGGACUGGAGAAUCCACACUGUAAACUGGAGACACUGAGGUUGUCACGCUGUCUGAUCACAAAGAAAGGCUGUGCUUCUCUGGCCUCAGCUCUGAGGUCCAACCCCUCCUACCUGAGAGAGCUGGACCUGAGCUACAAUAUCCUAGGAGACUCAGGAGUGAAGCAGCUAUCUGCUGGACUAGAGGAUCCACACUGUAGACUGGAGAAACUCAAUGUUGACCACCGUGGAGAGUACUGGCUGCUGAAAAAAUAUGCCUGUGAUGUCACACUGGACCCGAACACAGCAUGCAGACACCUCUCUCUGUCAGAGGGGAACAGGAAGGUGACACGGGGGAAAGAGGACCAGCCGUAUCCUGAUCACCCAGGGAGAUUUGAGUUCUGGCCACAGGUGCUGUGUAGAGAGGGUCUGACUGGGCGCUGUUACUGGGAGGCAGAGAUGAGUGGGGGAGGGGAUGACAUAGGAAUGACGUACAGAGGAAUCGGCAGGACAGGAAACGCUGAUGACAGUAAGCUUGGAUGCAAUGACAAGUCCUGGAGUCUGAGCUGCUCUGAUUACGGUUACACUGCCAGGCACAAUAAGGAGAGAACUGACUUACCUGCCUCCUCCUCGUCCAACAGAGUAGGAGUGUAUCUGGACUGGCCGGGCGGCACUCUGUCCUUCUACACUCUGUCCUCCUCUGACACACUCACUCACCUACACACAUUCACCUCCACCUUCACUGAGCCUCUCUAUCCAGGGUUUUGGGUUGAAAUAAACUCCUCGUUGUCCCUAUGUGAGGUCAAAAACCUUUAGGUAGUAAAGGAUGGUUCUUGUUGUUAUUGAUUGGUGUUUGUAAAUAAUGUUUAUUUAGUCAAAUGGUUGACAUUGCAAUCCUGAUUCUGUUUGAAGUCAGUAACACUGAAUGGACCUUUCCUGGUACACAUUCGGCCAGAUGACGACAAAUAAAACUGGUUGCUUUCAAAAACUGUUAAAUGUUGUUUUUUCACAUAAAAG